AUGCCUCCUCGCAGCCUCCGGCCCUUCUACCUCGAUCUGAUCUCCAGGUCCUCCACACUCUCCCACCUCUACCAGAUCCACGCCCAAACCAUCAUCUCCGGCCACCACGCCGGCGACGUCGCCACCGCCACCAAGCUCAUCCAGAGGCUCUCCGACCUCGGCGCCGUCGCCCACGCGCGCCGCCUGUUCGCGGCCUUCCCGAACCCCGACCUUUUCCUCUUCAACGUCCUCAUCCGUUCCUGCUACCUCAAUGGCUCCCCCUCCUGCUCCGUCUCCCUCUACAGCCUUCUCAGACGAGAGACCCGCCUCCGGCCGGACGACUUCACCUACGCCUUCGCCGCCAGCGCCGCUGCGGCCUUCGACUCCGACGGCGCCGGUCGCGCGCUACACGCGCAGUCGAUCAUCGACGGGUACGCCGCUGACCCGUUCGUUGGCUCGGCGUUCACCAGCCUGUACUUCCAUUUCGACUGCGUCCCCUCUGCCGAGAAGGUGUUCGAAGGAAUUUCUAGCCCGGAUACCGUCUCCUGGAACGCGCUUAUCUCCGGGUUUGCCCGCAACGGGUGCCUGUCAAAGGCGGUGAGGGCAUUCACAAGGCUCCUCGGCGAAGGGCUGAAGAUCGACUCCACAACGCUGGCUGCAGUGCUCCCCGCCGUCGCAGAACUCAGGGACUUGAGCUUGGGGAUGUCCACACACUGCCUCGGAACGAAGGCCGGCCUGUCUGCUCAUGACUUCGUGGUCACCGCGUUGAUCUCCAUGUACUCCAAGUGUGGGGAUGUCGCAACCUCCAGAUUGCUGUUCGACGAAAUGAUCAGCCCGGAUUUAAUUGCUUGGAACGCGAUGAUCUCCGGGUACUCGCUCAAUGCCGAUGUCGGAAGCUCCGUGGGGCUGUUCAGGGAGAUGCUGGUAUCCGGGAGAAGAAAGGCGAACUCCAGCACGGUGGGGGGCCUGGUCCCUGCGUACAGUCCGUUCGGCCACGAGCUUCUCUCCUCUUGCAUCCACGCCUACGCCAUAAAGUGCGGGGUAGACUCCGACCCGCUGGUUUCCACCGCCCUCGUCACCGUGUACAGCAGAUUAGGGCGGAUGGAGUGCGCAAGGAAGCUUUUCGAAGCGGUCCCAGACAAGAGCCUGACUUCCUGGAACGCCAUGAUCUCCGGGUAUGCCCAGAACGGCCUGACGGAGGCGGCGAUCUCCCUGUUCAGAACCAUGCAGACGGUCGCCAUCACGCCGAACCCGGUCACCGUCACCAGCGUCCUCUCCGCCUGCGCCCAGCUGGGGACGCUCUCCGUGGGGAAGUGGGCUCACCAGAUGAUCAAAGACAAGCACCUGGAGGUGAACAUAUUCGUCUCCACGGCGCUGAUCGACAUGUACGCCAAGUGCGGCAGCAUCGGUGAAGCCAGGCGCAUCUUCGACGGCAUGGCGGAGAAGAGCGUGGUCUCCUGGAACGCCAUGAUCGCCGGGUACGGCCUCCACGGUCUGGGGCGGGAGGCCCUCGCCCUCUUCUCCGGGAUGCUUGCUGCGUCUGUGGCGCCAAGCGGGGUCACAUUCCUCGCAGUGCUCUACGCCUGCAGCCAUGCCGGCCUGGUCGAGCCCGGGCGGGAGCUGUUCCUGUCGAUGAAGACCGAGCACCGGAUCAAGCCAGGCCCCGAGCACUUGGCCUGCAUGGUGGACCUUCUGGGGCGAGCUGGGAGGCUCCGAGAGGCUGUGGAGUUCAUCGAAGCUCUGCCGACCGAUCCAGGGCCUGGCGUCUGGGGGGCCUUACUGGGGGCCUGCAUGAUACACAAGGAUGAGAACUUGGCUUCCGUGGCUUCAGAGAGGCUGUUCAGACUGGAGCCAGAUAGCACAGGGUACUACGUUCUUCUGUCGAAUAUACACUCUGCUGGGCACAACUACGGAAAGGCUGCCAUGGUCAGGCAAGGGGUCAAGAGCAAGAGGUUGAUGAAGACUCCCGGAUGCACCACCAUUGAAGUUAGGGGGGUCGUGCAUCUCUUUACUGCUGGUGACAGGUCUCACGAGCAAGCGGGGGAGAUCUACAAGGAGUUGGAGAGGCUGACUGGUAAGAUGGUGGAGGCGGGGUACUCCGCUGCAACCGAUAAUGCACUGUACGAUGUAGAGGAGGAGGAGAAGGUGCAUAUGCUGAAGGUUCAUAGUGAGAAGCUGGCGAUCUGUUUCGGGCUCAUCAGCUCCGAGUCUGGGACGGAGAUAAGGAUUAUCAAGAACCUGAGGGUGUGCUUCGAUUGCCAUGAUGCGACGAAAUUGAUAUCGAAGAUCACCAGGAGAGUGAUCGUGGUCAGGGAUGCGAAUAGAUUCCAUCAUUUCAGAGAUGGAGCUUGCUCUUGUGGGGACUACUGGUGA